CCAAGUAUCACGAAGGACAACACUUGGGAAAUGCAGCCCAGGAAGGAGACGAUCGCUCAGGGCAUUGAGGAUGGAUUUGGGGAGGGUGACGGAGAUGAGGCAGAGGUUGAGGAUGGACAGGUGCUUGAGGAAGAAGUGCAUGAAGGUGUGAAGGUGCCGGGAAGAGGGCAGUGACGGCGCCGAUGAGGUCGUCCAAGACCCCUUUGAAGGAGUCAAAGUGCGUGAUCGUCUACCGUUCCCGCACCUUGGAGAGAAACUAUUCCAGCGGCUACUACCAGGAUCGAGAUGUGGUGAUCGGAGGACUCCUCUGUCUUGAUUUGAUUCCGGGUCAUUUCACUAUCUUUGAGAACUUCACGGAACCGCCAUCAAUCAGUGCCAUACCCACAGAAUACUUCACCAAACACUACCAGCAUCUCCUGGCCCUGGUGUUUGCCGUGGAGGAGAUCUACAAGGACACCAGCCUGUUACCGAAUAUCUCCCUGUGUUUCUACCUCUUCGACGUCCAUUUCCUGGAGAUGUUCAGUGCCGAGAGCUCCAUGGCUUUGUUCUCGGGGAGAGCCGGGAAGGUCCCCAGCUACAGCUGUGAGCUGGAGCGGCGGGACAAAUUGCUGGCUGUCAUAGGAGGGAUGACCUCCGGAGUGACCACGACUGGUUCCUGGCUGCUGGGACUCUAUGACCUCCCCCAGAUCUGCUACGGCCCAGAAGAACCUACUCUCAGAGAUAAGGCUCAUUUUCCAUCUCUCUAUCAGAUCUCUGUGAGGUCCUCAGAACUGUGCUCGAGUAUGAUCCAUCUCAUGAGACAUUUUCACUGGGUCUGGAUCGGCUUCCUGGUCACCGAUGACUUUAGAGGGCAGAUGUUCACUACGAUCCUAAAGGAGAUGACCAAGGAUGGCAUAUGUGUGACUUAUGUUGAAAAAAAAUCCAUGAAUACUUUACUGAAAACAUGUACAGGCUUGUCUCUUACUAUAAACAAAUUAUUGCAUCAUCGGCGAAAGUGAUCACUGCCUAUGGGGAUACAUACGCUUUACUGGCGUUAUAUAUCAAAAUUUGUUUUUUAUUU